AUAUCAAUUGUUUGCAACCACUUAUCUACAGUAAAAAUGUAGUAAAUUCAGUUAAUCUUUUUUUUUUCAUUGUAUAUACUGUCUGCCCUAAACACAGCUUCUUAACUUUUCAGAUUUUGACUGUAAUGUAGUGAUAUGCAUCUUUUGUGAAGGUGCUUCAGAAGGAUAAAUAUUGUGAAAUCGCUUUACAAGUCAAAACUUUUUAGAAUUGAAUUGAGUAAUGGAAACCCAGCUAUUGAAACACACAGUAUGAAAAUCAGGUCACUUUAAAGUUGACAUUUAGACAGUUUAAAAUACAAAUAAACUCAAAGGGAAUCUAACUAAUCUGCUUUGAUUUUGGUUCAAGAACCAGGUGGACUGAAUGAUUUCUUCAUCUCUGUAAAGGAAAAUGUCACUGGAGAGGAGGGUUUGUGCAUUAGGGAACAAUGUGCUUUCAGGGUCCCUCAAAAUCUCUCAGAACCCAUUAAGAAAUCCUGGUUCAAAGAAGAUUCAGAAAAUGCAACUGCUAAGGUACAAUUUUAUCAUAGUAAAGCAGAAAGUCCCAUUUGGAAGGAGUGCAGCUUUAUGCUAAAUCCUUUGGUUCUGGGUGAAUCUGAUGGUGAAUAUAGACUGAAACUGGAAUGGGGUCAAGGAAACGUGCACAUAUUUCCUCAGACAGUUAAAAUUACAGUGAAAGAGCUCACUCAGAAACCAAAAAUAAACGUCCCACGGCUCACAAUAGGACAGAAGGCUGAGAUAUCCUGCAUAUUUACAAUUAAGUGCCUUGUUCCAAAACUAAGGUUUGCGUGGACAGGAAUUGAAGGCAAAGAGAGUACACUUGGACCUCGUGGAGUGCCUGGCUGGAAUGAGUUUACUUCAAUAUUCCGUUUUCACCCUAAGCCUAAAGAUCAUAAUACUAAGCUCACUUGCAAAAUAAUUGUUCAGGACAGAAUCCAGACUGAAGCUGCUGUGACCCUGGAAGUAAGAUAUGCUCCUGAAAUCCUGAAUAGCUCCCGCUGUGUGAUGUGGGGUGAUGAACUGUCCUGCAUGUGCAUCAGCAGUGGUGUGCCGUUACCCCUCAUACAGUGGCCAACACUGGAUGAUCCCACUAACUAUUGCAGUACCUACAGAAAGAACACCAUCAUCAUUUGCAACAUCUCUAUUUCUGGUAUCAGGAACGUCAAGGAUACCAUUGAAUGUAUUGCUGAGAACGUCAUUGCUACAACAAGCAUGCAAAUCCAAGUGCACAAUCAGACUGAAACACCCAAAGCAAAUUUGGGUCUGUCCAUGUCCUGGAUUUUCUGCACGCUUUCUGUUGUUUUAAACAUCAUCUUUGGCUCUUGUACUGUCGUCCUAUGCUUUAACAGAAGAAAAAAUCGUGAGAAACCAAAAGAUGUAGACCAUGUUUACAUGACAUCACUGAAGAGAGAAGAAUCAGUAUAUGAGACGAUUAAAGUGUGAAUGUGGCUGGAUUGCGUAUGUAUACAGCUGAUAAAACACUGCAGCUCCAUCAUUCUGGUCUCUAUUUUAACUUCUCUUAUGAAAAAAGGGAUAAUAUUUCAUUUACUCACCAUCUAUAAGCCACUUUCUUACCUUCUUCAGACGACACAAACUGCUUUUAAGCCGUGAAGUGCGUUGUAAUACUCGCGCUGAAUAUGACUGGCCAGCGAUCAUGAAGAUGCCGCCGCCAUAUUGAAACAAGUUGACCAUAAGGACUUUGUACAUAUACAAGUCAUUAUCCCACGCUAGCCUACCCUAUCCUUUUUUAAAGAAUUUAUUCUAUGUGAUUUUUUUUAUCUAGCUCCAUAAUAUUUUUAUAGAAAUACCUUUGUGGUAUUUGGCAAUUGAUUUUAACUGUGAGUGAUAUAUAGGAUGAGCUGAGGUUUUCAUAACCUAACAAAAUAUGUAUAGACCAUUUAAAUGUGGUCAUGUCAUUGGCCCAUGUACAUUUCAUGCUUGUUAUCCAACUAUUUCACAACUGUAACAUGAGGCAAUUUAAUCAUACCUUAAUAAAACAGAUCUUAUAACAUUA